AUGUUGCGUCUAUUUCAACCAGUGACUUCGAUCCGACUACGUCCGUCCCAGUUUCGACCUCGUAAUGGCGCUCGUUUACUGCGUACUGCACGUGGAGGUCAUCAACGUUAUAAAGAUCACAUGAUGAGGAUUACAAAGAUUCAAGCUGAGAUGCUAGAGCGUGAACGCGCUCGAUUGGAGCAACGUCAACGUGUCUUAGACGCACGCAAUCAACCGCCAGCUAUUCCAGCCUUUAUACGUGUACGUGAUCUUGCUAAAGCUCUGCGUCAACCACUGGAAAAGGUGCUGAAGCAGACAGUAAUCAAGUCAAAUCGUCGAUAUUAUCUCAAGACGAAAACUCACCAGCGAGCCGAAUUUAAUGGUAUAAAGCAGAUUGUUCUGCCCUUCCGAGUGGCCCAGGAGGUGGCCGAGCAAUUUAAUAUCCAAGUAGCUUACAACCAAGUAGAGCCAGAGCUUUUGGAUCCAUCGGAUGCUUCUGACGAGGAGAUUGUGGGCCUUCGACAGCCGGUCAUUGCUGUUAUGGGUCAUGUUGACCACGGCAAAACGACGCUGAUGGACACUUUGAGGAGGCAGAUGGAGCCGAGUGUAAAGAAGACUGCACCUUUGGAGAAGCAUGGCAUCACACAGAAGAUUAAUGUUUGUGAAGCAACACUAACGCAGGACGUCAAAGCGACGUUCUUAGACACCCCUGGCCAUUUUCACUUUUUCCGGAUGCGGAUAAGUGCAGCGCAAGUGGCAGAUCUGGUACUAUUGAUUGUAGCAGCGGAUGAAGGUGUGCUGCUGCAGACUGAAGAGUCGAUUGGUGCCAUUGAGGAAGCUGGACUGCCGGCUGUGGUUUGUAUCAACAAGGUGGACUUGUUGGGAGAUGAUGGAGAGGGACAGGUUGCUCGCAUUGUGGAUGAGCUACGCUCAUUUGUUGCUCUGCAGGAUAGUCCCAUCCUGUCCAUAUCGGGAAAGACGGGUACUGGACUGGAUGGAUUGCGAGAUACCGUGUGGGAGCUGGUGAGUGGACUGGCAGGUGAUCACAGGCUAGAUGCGCUGGUUGGACCUCAAACGCACGCUGAGGGACUUGUAUUGGAAAGUGUGGCAAUGAAAGGACGUGGAACGGUGCUGCGUGUUUUAAUCAAGAACGGAGAGCUGGCGGUCAAACAGCAUUUUGUCGCUGGCAUGAUUCACGGCGUGGUUCGUAGCAUGUGGGAAGCUGAUGGUCGCGAUGUCAAGCGUGCGUUGCCUGGAACAGUUGUCGAUAUUACGUACUUGAACAAGUCAAAAAACGUUGAUGCACCAAAUGAACACGAUUUCUUCGUGCUCCCUGAAGCACGUGCAAAGCAGGUGAUUGAGCAAAGAGAACUCGCCGUGGCAUUUAGUGACUGCCUUCUACCUGACGCUGAUGGUUUACACGCAGCUAUGGAUGCUGAAUAUACAGCUACAGAUGUUGAAGCAAAAGACCAAGACGUGUCAAGUGUUGCAGACUUAGCCAAAGUUGAUGAUGUGAUAAACGAAAGCGAUCUGAUCGCAACCAAGCCAAUCAUUGUAAAAGCUGAUGGCGCUGGAUCAUUGACGAGUAUCCAAGACACGGUGGAUGAGAUGUCGGGCAUAUCGACUGUGCGAUUGGGCAUUGGCAAUAUUUCGACGAAAGAUAUUGAUGUUGCCAUCAAUGGCAAGUGCCCGAUAUUUGGUUUCAAUGUGAAACUUCGUAGUCGCGAGGCGAAACUGGCUAAAGAAAGAGGUGUACGUGUUAUUUUGCGUUCUACAGUGCAUGAACUUAUUAGAGAGGUUACUGCAUUUGAACAAGUGAAAGUAUAG